UCUUAAUUUCGUUAGACGGAUAAGAUUAUCACCAAUAUAUGUAUGUUAAUUUCAAUAUAUUAUUAUAAAUCUAACUUGAAGAAAAACGUAAAUAUUUCAAAUUUUCGCGUAGAAUAAGAAAAAGAGUGCACAUGAGAAUUCGCGCCAAUUUCAACAACGACAACAACAUUUCAUAAUGUUACAGCGAGUGGGAUUUGCACAAACAGCAAGGUGGACUAAAAUAUUUUUGUACUGACAUUCUUCGUAUUCCGCACCAACACCGCGAUGUAAACACGACGUUGAUCAUCACACGUGAACUAGCUUGAAAACUUCUUGAAUAAAAUGACGGAUCUCAAGAAGGACUCUUCGUUGGCCUUGGAAAGAUGUCCAGAGCACUUGCCCCUCGAGAUCCUUGUAAGAAUAUUUGACUUCCUUCCUGGAAAAUGUCUGCGUGUGUGUAGGCUAGUCUGUAACACCUGGAAAGUGGCAAGUAACAUUGCACUUUCAAAAGAACAUCGGCAAUGCCCUGUCGGCAAAAUAUUUUUCGUUUGGUUACCAACGAGAGCAAGCAAAGAAUCGUCGUAUCUAGAGCCAAUCAAGGAGUUCUUGGCUGAAACGAUGAUUGAUGUUGGCACAGCAAUAAUUUUAAAUGAAAUUUCUUGCACAAUGAAUUAUGACAGAGCACUUUGCCAAAGCCUGGUAAAUGCUAUCGAUCUCCAGGGCCAGACAGAGAGUAUUCCCAAUAAAGUGAAUGUUAUUGGUUGCACCGUGAAAUCAGCAUUUGGACCAAGAAACGCAGUCGCACUGAAAAGCACAAUACAGAAUAGUUUAGAACGUGUUAAUCAGUUGUAUUCAGCUGGAGUUCUUCUCAUUCCUAAAUCAGACAAAUACCUGAUCAGAAACUUCCAUAUCCCUAUGAAGAAAAAAUAUGAAAUGAUAAAAGGAUUUAAACACUUUCUGCCAAGAGCUUCCAAGGAUACUGCACUUGUAUUUUUGUUUAUUCAUCCUGUGACAUUAGGAAGAUUGUCUCAUUUAAUUGAUGCAAUACGGAGAGUUUAUUCUGAAAAUACUUGCAUUGUUGGAAUUUAUUCAGAAACUUGCAUAUACAGUGGAAAGUUGGUAACGAGCAAUGAAAUUGUUGGGCUUGUUUUCAGUGGUGAUGUUAAAUGCUUCUCAACUAUAAUUGACAAGGAAACUUUCUCUGGUGACCCAAAAGAAAAAGUAAAACAAUUAUCUGAAAUGUCAAAAAACAUUCCUGAUGAAGAAGACUAUGCAAAAGUUAUUUUCAUUUUUGCCCCACCGUGCAUUGUACAUGAGAAGAUGCUUUUAUUCCUUGCUGCCAUAAAACAAGCAUUUCAAGGGGUGCAGGUAUUUGCAGGCUACACAUGCAGUGUUUUUGGUGCCAAUCAUAACAUGGAUGAUACAAAUGGCAUAGCUGGUGGAAGAGACUUUUUACAAACACAAGCAGUCUUAUUUUGCCUUGUCAUGUUAAGCAAAAAGACACAUUCAUAAGUUUCUGAUUUCCACACACCAUCAUUGAAGCUUGUAAAUUUUAUAAGUGAAGUGCUAUGGAAAAAACAAGAGGGGGUAUUGUUCAAAUCAUUGCCAAACCUAAUCAGUAAAAGUACAAAUUGGUUACUUGCUGAUUUUAAUAUAGUGGGCUCAGCCCCCCUCCCCUCAGCCUUUUAGCACUACACCUCUGUUUAUAACUAAUUGCAAUGGGAUAUAUUUUCCUGGUGAAUUUUGUUAUUGAAUCAGAAAUAUAUUUUCCUGGUGAAUUUUUUAUAGUUUGAAAGUUUUCUGUAAUAUAAUGAUAUGUGUAUAUUUAUUUUAUUAUUUGCAAAUUUUGAUUUGUUUUAACUCCUUUUUUAAAAUAGGCAUAGGAAUCAAAGGUUCUGGAUUUGUUUUUUUUUCAAAAUUAUGUUGCUUAACUUUUUUAAGGGAGAAAUGACCAAUGCAUAUACUUGUUUUGUUAGAAUAGUUAUGUUGAAAUGAAAUGUUUUUGUUAUACAGUUCAUGCUAUUUUUCUAAGCAAACUUUCUAAAGUGUGCAAGAUUCGCAGUUUUUGUGUUAUUGUCAGUUGUUGGACUCUAUGCAUUCUCUUGCAACGAUUUUUUCGAAAAAAAAGUAAAACAGUCAUUUUGGAAAGCUAUGUUAAAGUGCAAUGACUCCAUGAGCAACUUUGGAAUGCUUGGAACAGUUGCUCAAACCCACCCUGUUGAUUUUGAGAUACUUGAGAAGUUUACAUGUCUUUCCACUGGCACAAAAGUCAAUGAUGCCUGCUUGUAGAGUUUCUGGAAAAUUUUUGAAAGAAAAGGGAAAGUUGCUGACCUUGUUUUAAUACAACCAUGUUUUGCCAAUCAUCUUUUGCACAUGGCAAGAUCAGCUUAUGUUGCUUACAUAGUUGUGUUGCUGCUGUAUUGAUUGCCAGGGUGCAUUCCAUGUAAUUAGACCCGAAGAUCUUUGGCGUACACUCAGGCUUUUUGGCGUUCCGAGUGCAAACUAAUAGAAAACAUUUUUGGCAUACGUAAAAUAUUCGUUAGUUGGCGUGCUAAACAUGAAGCCACGAACAUAGUUAACACGAAAAGAUAUGACACAAAUGUUGAUUGGUUCAAGGCAGCGCAACGUGCUUCGAUUGUAGAAUCACACGUUUUAUUAGAUGGUUCACAGCAAGUAACAGCGAAGUGUUCUACCCGUGUACGAUCAUUUUUGCUGUCCCUAGCCAAAUAUUACAAGCAAAAAAUUUUGGCACCUCCUUAUCUCCAUUUGCGCCCCUAUUCAGGGGGGCAUGGCCCCCUGGCCCCCUGCCACCACGCCUCUGCCUAACUCCUUAUCAUAAAUUGUUAUGAUAAAGCUGCUGAGAAGCCAGAAAACAUUGCAGAAGCUGCAGCUGAAUGUGAUCAAAGAAGAGUAUUUCAUCUUACGAAUCGGGCAUAUGCACUUGCUGUCAAAUCACCCAUUUGGAUUGUAAAAAAUUCCUUUAUUCUUCAAUAUCGUGAAAGAGAUAUUUAAGAUAAAAUUGAUCUCCAGCAAGCAGGUAAAAAAAGAGCAAAGCAGAAAAAGAAGAAUCUCUGUCCAUUGACUUUAAAGAAUAUUACUUUUUAUCAUUAAAUAUAUCUAACACUGUUUAUGCUUGGAUGUUGCUUUACUUGUUACGACAAGUUUACAUGUUCGCAUUACGUUAAUCCAAAUUUAAAUGUUUCCUUUAUCGUUAUCGUUUUUUAUGCUUGAGACCAGUUAUUUUAUACAAAAUAUUCUAAUUCUGUCAGCAAUACUAAAGAACCUUGCUAUACAGCUAUCAUUUUUUAAACAAAAUUUCCUAGCCUCCAUGGAUGUCACUUAUUAAUUUAAGACAAAGCCACGAUGGGGUGAAAGGCUUUAAAAUAACACAGCUUCAAAGGUUCAUGAGCUUUUCAAAUCCUUCAAAUUCAUCUUGUUGUUUAAACAAAAAAACAAAUAGAUAGAGUGUCUUUCUUUUACCAUUGGUGUAGAUAGAGGAGGUCAGAGGAGGCAAUCAGUGGCGUACCCAGGAAAUUUUUUUGGGACCACGCCCUUCAAGCAGUCGCAAUGCGGGGAAACGCCCUUUUUGCAUAAUACGGUAAAUGGCAAAGCAAUUUACAAUUGUUAUAAACACAAGGAUACAGUAUACUACAUCUCCCCCCAGCCAAUGAGUUUUACAUCGUUUUUGGACAUAUUGGACAUCGUUUCUCGAGGACCAUAUUUUAGAAAAGU